GCAGGGGCAGUGCCAGGAUCUGUCUUUUGUAUAACCCGUGCCAAGCACCAGCCACAUGGCAAAGCACAGUCCCCUGUGUCAUAAUCUCGCUACUGCCACACACACACACACACCCCCUUGGCUUAUUUGCAAAAGACUUGUCCAAGCCAAACUCCACCUCUCUCAUUUGCUGCCUGUGCAUUAAAGUGACGUGUCCUAGCCCUGGUAUAGCAGUCCACCAGAGAACAGGGAAGUCAAAAAAACUUGCUGUCUUGAAUGCCAGUCGCUCACUCAUCAGGCUUUUUCGUUCUGCUGCCUAUGCCAGCUUAGACCAGUUAGAGAUGCUGCUGGCAGUGGUUUCAUCGCCAGGAAGAGGACCUCAAGGUUGUUUCCUCUCAGCAUUACCACUUUGUGAUUCUAGCCAAGUGACUUGUGUUGAGGCUGGAAUUCUGGCUCAGUCAACAACCUGUUUAUGGUCUGCUCUUUAAAAAAAAGACAUCUGGAGCCCAGAGCUAGUUUUAAUAAGAAAUAAAAGUGGUUUUACACCAACAAUGAAGACCAAAAGCAAAGGAGCAAAACGUAAGCAUGCAGUCCAUGAGGAUGCAGCGCUCCAAGAACCAGCUCAGAAGAGAAAUGAGCCUCUGAAAUGUUCACGGCGCCAGGAGAAGAGGAACAAAGAGAGCAGCAAGCCUGCUGCUCGGCCUACGAAACUUCCUUGGAGCACCAAAGACAGGCGUUUGCGGCGCCUUGAGAGCAACGAACGCGAGCGCCAGCGUAUGCACAAGCUCAACAAUGCUUUCCAGGCCUUAAGGGAAGUCAUCCCGCACGUCCGGGCGGAGAACAAACUGUCCAAAAUCGAGACACUCACCUUGGCCAAAAACUACAUCAAAUCUCUCACCUCGACAAUUCUUCGGAUGUCAAACGGACAUCUCCCUUCCGCCAUAGAUGGGUCUACUUCUGGCAGCAGAUCCAAACUCUAUGAACAUUAUCAGCAGCAAUGUGGGGAAGAGGAGUCUACAGAGCAGCUUCAGAAGUACUCGACCCAGAUCCACAGUUUCCGACAAGUUUUUCGUUUCCUCUACCUGAGGCACUGCCAGCCAACGCAAGACAAUGCUGAGCUUAGGACUAAAGAUCUGACCCGGCUUUAAGGCAGCCCCCGUGUGAACACACGAAGUUGCCUCCUGCUGAAUCAGAGCAUUGGACUGUCGCGGUCAGUCUUGUCUGCUCUGACUGGCACUGCCUCUCCAGGGUCUCACUCAGCAAUCUUUCACGCAACUCAUGGCUUGAUUCUUUUAAACUGGACAUGCCUGGAAUGGAACCCGGGGCCUCCUGCAUGCAAAGCAGAUGCUCUGCCUACUGAGCCACGGAGCUGCCAUUCAAGACGUUCAUACCGGCCUGUUCAUCAGAUCCCUGGCUGAAUUUGUGAUGCGCGAAAGGACUUUUGAAAUAUUUAUCACUGUGUAGCAUCUGGCUUAACAGAGGCUUGGAGGUGCUGGUGGGUGUUUUGUUAAAAGCUGUAAAUAAUAAAAAUAAGUGAUAUUUUUUUCCUUGCAGGGCCUGUGAUCAGAAAAUAAAAAGAAUUUUUGGGGGAGUGGGUGGGAUAUAUUACUAAUCUCUUUUGUUUUGAUCCAAGUACAGUUGAUUAAAUUAAUGCCAGGCUACUAGAGAAUUCUUGAAGAAUCAACUUGUAUAUUGUGAAAUAAUAAAAGCAUGGAAGGGGCUGU